CAAAACAACACCACACAACCGCUGUCCGCCAUCUUACUGCCCAUGUACUCGGCGGCUUUACUGCCUAUAAUUCCCUGCAGAUAACAGAUAGCAAUUCGGGUCCCUCGAAAUCUAGCCAUUUGACAACAGGGCGGCUUGCUACGAGCCGCUGGCCGAUGCAAUGCUGCAGAACAAGGUUUUCACGAACCUCCAAAAGACAUAUGAUGAUAGCUAUCUCAGCUGCUCAACGGCCGUCUACUAUGAGAGCCAGGGCGAUGAAGUCGAAGCAAUGAGGCACUGGCGCAGUGCGCUUCAACAGAUAUACGAUCAUCACGCAAACAAGGUUAUUCCCGGCUAUGGCCCUCAAUCCGAUACGGAAAAGGCCCUCUUCGAUGCCAUAAAGCAACUGGAGCUGCAAUGCAAGGAACGCAUCGAUCUGCUAGAAGCCUUGCGGGCAUCUCGCCAGGAGGAAGGCACGCCGGAUCCAACGCCGAAGCUUACAAAACCAAGCCCAUCACCUUAUGAAUCUAGCUCCUCCAAAGGAAAGGGAACCAUAGGACUCGGCACCAUCCCGGCCGUGACCUACUCUGAGCUAUCUCGUCCUACACCGUCACCAAGACCGCUACCGCCCCGCCCCCCACCUGAACCACCAUACACUCAUUAUACUUCCUCGCCAGAGCGCCUAUCAACCCCAAACUUUGUUUCUAGAUCCCGUUCGCCAAGCGCUUCAUCGAAAAAGGACAAAUCGCUCAGAGCCGCUAGUCCAGAGAAACAUACGAUGAGAACGACGCUGCGCUCCAAAAACGGCGAAAAGACAUCGAGUAGCAGUAGCAGCCGCAAACCCGCCAAGCCAGCCGCUGAAGGCCCAAGCAAAGCAGCUACUCUUGCAUGGAGUGCACUGGGUAUUCGCGAUAGACAUAGCCGGGCUACUUCGUCGGAUGCCGCAGCUAACUCAGUACCGCUGUCAAAGCCAGCAUCAGACUCAUUUAUAAAGCCCCCGCGGGCUCACAACCAAUGGGAUAGCAGCUCCAGGAGACUUAUAACAGGACGACCCUCGGAGCCUCCAACUGCUGUUAGUCCUAGAGCUGACGUCCGACGCUCAUCCGAGGGUAGACGCGACGAACGAUCAUCUUCGCUCUCAGUCAGUGCGGCCUCCAGCGCCAUCCAUUUUAACACAACUUAUGGCUCUCCCCCAAGUGACAACCAGAAUCGCAAUUCGGACUUCUACAUGGCAUCUCGGGCUGCACAGGCUCCUGGACGCUGGCAAAAGGGCGACUCGUCACCAAGUUCAGGUACCGCUGAUGAGCAGGGCCCCAGAACGGACAAGGUUGCCUCAGAAGCUGUUAUGCGACGAAAAGCGCUUGCACGCCGAGCUGCUGUCACUUCGGUUUCUAAUCAAGCUGAACCAAGUCUACCUUCUAGACCAAAGCAGCGACCUCCCGUCGCACGAGCCCGAUCGAUAUCUAGCACCUCAGGAGAUGAGCGGGCCGGUAAUAGUUCACAAUCUAAACCAGCGAUAGCGAAAAAGAGCGCUGCCGCCACCAGUAAAGCUAGCAAGACAAAGAAGAAUGGGGUACAACACAAGGACCAAUCUACGGACGGAGCAGACCAAUCAUCAAGCGAGGCUAGCGAGGAGGAAUCUUCAGAAGACAAGGCGUGGAAAAAGAAAAAGGCGGCCAUCUUGAAAUCUCUUCCUCCAGGUGUGGACGAGGGCGCCGCCAAACAGAUUCUCAACGACAUUGUGGUCCAAGGUGACGAGGUUCGAUGGGACGAUAUCGCUGGUCUCGAAAUCGCCAAGAACGCUCUGCGAGAGACUGUUGUUUAUCCUUUUCUUCGACCCGACUUGUUCAUGGGACUUCGAGAGCCGGCGCGAGGCAUGCUGCUCUUUGGGCCUCCAGGAACAGGUAAAACCAUGUUGGCCCGUGCUGUAGCUACCGAGUCUAGGUCGACGUUCUUUUCGAUAUCCGCCAGCAGUCUCACCAGCAAGUACUUGGGUGAAUCAGAGAAGCUUGUGCGAGCUCUAUUUGGACUCGCACGAUGUCUCGCCCCCAGCAUUAUCUUUGUUGACGAAAUCGACUCUCUGCUCUCACAGCGAUCUGGAUCAGGCGAGCAUGAGGCUACCCGUCGUAUCAAGACGGAAUUCCUUAUCCAAUGGAGCGAUCUGCAAAGGGCAGCAGCUGGUCGUGAAACUACAGAGCGAGACAAGGAGCGCGGUGACGCUAACAGAGUGCUCGUCUUGGCUGCGACAAACUUGCCGUGGGCCAUUGAUGAGGCAGCCCGAAGACGAUUUGUCCGCCGACAGUAUAUCCCACUUCCAGAGCCCUCGACGCGAGAGACUCAAUUUAGAACGUUAUUGGGGCAGCAGAAGCACAGCUUGUCCAACGGCGAUAUUACCAGACUUGUCGAAUUGACUGACGGAUUCUCCGGCUCCGAUAUCACCGCUCUAGCAAAGGAUGCCGCCAUGGGUCCGCUGCGAUCUCUAGGCGAAGCCCUGCUGCACAUGACCAUGGACGAGAUCAGGCCAAUUGCAUUGGUUGACUUUGAAGCCAGUCUGCGUACCAUUCGACCUAGUGUCAGCAAGUCUGGUUUGAAGGAAUACGAAGACUGGGCGAUAGAAUUUGGUGAACGCGGCGGAUAAUGAUGCUCAGUCGGCGAGCUGGAGCAGCAAAACAAAGCAAUACUGCAUAUACGUCAUAUUUCACACGGUAGAACAUAUAAAAUACAGAAUUCGUACAAACAUGCCGCAACAAGAGAUUCUUGAAAUAUGUGUUGUAUUUCACAGGGGGUAAAUGGAAUCAAAAUAACAAAAAGUAGUACAAACUCUGCCGCAACAGAGCCAUCGCAUGCUUGUGCAAAAGUAAAUUUUGUCGGGCCAUCUCCAAUCUCCCGUCCAGUCCUAGCUCUCCUUCCCAGCCAAGAUUAUAUCUUUUUAUUUCUUCCUCUCGUAUCGUACAGCCAUGUAUGUAUGCAGUAGUUUAUCGUGGGCACGCUAGUGCCCUAACAAUUUCUUUUUUUUAAGAUGAUUCCUCUAUGCCUCUGGCGCAGCGCUUCGAGCGCUUCGACGCUGCUCCUUGGCUGCUCGCUUCUCGACCUGUUCAGCGAUUCUCUCUUCUGCCGUCGGGACGGCCGGGCGCUUGUCUAUCGGUUCGGCGUACGGGGCAAUAAUGUGCUUGACGACGUGUCGCUUGUGGCGCGAUGUUCUCCAGCCCGGCGCAAUGGCGACGAUAUCGCCGGUGCGUAGUGAUGACUUGGGGUCGUGAACGAGGUAGUUUUUGGGAUUCGAAAAGGUCUGUCCUCCAUGUUAGUCCAGCCGUUCCCAUCAAUUGCCA